GAUAUGUGACGAUGUGGGGUGAGACUGGCCUGAUCUAGGUGGCAGUACAACUGGUAUAAAGAUGCUUCACUCAGUCCUGUCAGUAGUGUAAAGAUGUACAGAAUCAGUAGUGUUGAAGUGACACACACAGGUAAAUACACCUGUAAAGGAAGAGAGAGUGGAGGCUCACGUUCCUCACACCUCAGUGAUGCUGUUACACUGACUGUAUCAGCAAGACCUAAACCAGUGGCAUCUAUAAAUCCUGAUAAACAGGUGUUCAGUGGAGACACUGUCACUCUAAGAUGUGAGAUACAGGAUAAAUGUGUAUCUAGGUGGCAGUACAGCUGGUAUAAAGAUGCUUCACUCAGUCCUGUCAGUAGUGUACAGAUGUACAUAAUCAGUAGUGUUGAAGUGACACACACAGGUAAAUACACCUGUAAAGGAAGAGAGAGUGGAGGCUCACGUUCCUCACACCUCAGUGAUGCUGUUUCACUGACUGUAUCAGAGAGACCACAGGCAGUACUGAGUGUAUCUCCACAGAACUGGCUGACUGAAGGAGACUCAGUGACUCUAAGCUGUGAGGUUACAUACUCCUCUACAGACUGCACAUUCAGCUGGUACACAGUUGUUCCCUACAGAGACGGUGUAACUCAAAUAAAAAAUACUGACUAUGUCAUGUAUGUGGAGCUUCUCUCAGACAGCAGCAGAGGAUCUGGAGGCAACUACACUCUCAGUCCUUCUGAUCUUCACCACACAGGAGUUUAUGUGUGUAGAGGAGAGAGAGGAGAACCAGUCACUCACAUACUGUACAGCAAUCCACAGCCUCUAUGGAUCUCUGGUGAAUCUCCUCCAGUGUCUCUGAUCAUCAGUCCCAGCAGAACUCAACACUUUACUCAUGACUCUCUCUCACUGAGCUGUGAGGACCAGAGUAACUCUACUGGAUGGACAGUGAGACGAUACACAGACAGUGAAGGAGUGUUAGAUUGUCCAGAAUUACAGGAUCUACAUGUAACAUCAGCUUUCUCCACAUCCUACACUGGAGUUUACUGGUGUGAGUCUGAAUCUGGAGAAAACAGUAAUCCUGUCAACAUCACAGUUCAUGAAGGUGAUGUGAUUCUGGAGAGUUCUGUUCAUCCUGUGACUGAGGGACAUCCUCUGACUCUACACUGUUUAUAUCGUAACACAAAUCCCUCAAACCUCCGAGCUGAUUUCUAUAAAGAUGGAUCAGUCGUCCAGAACCAGACUACAGGAGAGAUGAUCAUCCAUAAAGUCUCAAAGUCAGAUGAAGGUUUCUACCACUGUAAACACCCAGAGAGAGGAGAGUCACCGAGAAGCUGGAUCUCAGUCAGACAGAGACCACAGGCAGUACUGAGUGUAUCUCCACAGAACUGGCUGACUGAAGGAGACUCAGUGACUCUAAUCUGUGAGGUUACAAACUCCUCUACAGACUGGACUUUCAGCUGGUACACAGUUGUUUCGAAAAGAGACGGCUCAACAAAAAUAAAAAAUAAUAAUGGCUACGUCAUGUAUGUGGAGCUUCUCUCAGACAGCAGCGGAGGAUCUGGAAGCUUCUACACUCUCAGUCCUUCUGCUCUUCAUCACACAGGAGUUUAUGUGUGCAGAGGAGAGAGUGGGGAACCAGCCUUUCAUACACAGUUCAGCAAUCCACAGCCUAUCUGGAUUAAUGGUGAAUCUCCUCCAGUCUCUCUGAUCAUCAGUCCCAGCAGAGCUCAGCGUUUUAUUUAUGAAUCUCUCUCACUGAGCUGUGAGGACCAGAGUAACUCUACUGGAUGGACAGUGAGACGAUACACAGACAGUGAAGUAGUGUUAGAUUGUUCACGUUGGGGAUCAGUUACAGGAUCUACAUGUAAAAUUGGCAUCCUCUCCACAUCCUACACUGGAGUUUACUGGUGUGAGUCUGAAUCUGGAGAAAACAGUAAUCCUGUCAACAUCACAGUUCAUGAGGUUGAUGUGAUCCUGGAGAGUCCUGUUCAUCCUGUGAUUGAGGGACAUCCUCUGACUCUACGCUGUUUAUAUCGUAACACAAAUCCCUCAAAUCUCCAAACUUUUUUCUACAAGGAUGGAUCAGUCAUCCAGAACCAGACUACAGGAGAGAUGAUCAUCCCUAAAGUUUCAAAGUCAGAGGAAGGUUUCUACCACUGUGAACACCCAGAGAGAGGAGAGUCACCGAGAAGCUGGAUCUCAGUCAGACAGAGACCACAGGCAGUACUGAGUGUAUCUCCACAGAACUGGCUGACUGAAGGAGACUCAGUGACUCUAAGCUGUGAGGUUACAGACUCCUAUACAGACUGGACAUUCAGCUGGUACACAGUUGUUCCCUACAGAGACGGAUUAACUGCAGUAAUAAAUAGUCAUGGCCAUAUCAUGUAUGUGGAGCUUCUCUCAGACAGCAGCAGAGGAUCUGGAGGCUCCUACACUCUCAGUGCUUCUGCUCUUCAUCACACAGGAGUUUAUGUGUGUAGAGGAGAGAGAGGAGAACCAGCCAUUUACACAAAAUACAGCAAUCCACAGCCUCUAUGGAUCUCUGGUAAAUCUCCUCCAGUUUCUUUGAUCAACAAUCCCAGAAGAACACAUCACUUUACUCAUGACUCUCUCUCACUGAGCUGUGAGGACCAGAGUAACUCUACUGGAUGGACAGUGAGACGAUACACAGACAGUGAAGGAGUGUUAGAUUGUUCACAGUGGGGAUCAGUUACAGGAUCUAGAUGUAACAUCAGCUUCCUCUCCACAUCCUACACUGGAGUUUACUGGUGUGAGUCUGAAUCUGAAGAAAACAGUAAUCCAGUUAUUAUCAAAGUGCAUGAUGGUGAUGUGAUCCUGGAGAGUCCUGUCCAUCCUGUGCCUGAGGGACAUCCUCUGACUCUACACUGUUUAUAUCGUAACACAGAUCCCUCAAACCUCCGAGCUGAUUUCUAUAAAGAUGGAUCAGUCGUCCAGAACCAGACUACAGGAGAGAUGAUCAUCCAUAAAGUCUCAAAGUCAGAUGAAGGAUUCUACCACUGUAAACACCCAGAGAGAGGAGAGUCACAGAGAAGCUGGAUCUCAGUCAGACAAGCUCCAUUCUCAGAGCUCAUGCUGAUCAGUAGUGUAGUGACGGCAUCUCCAUAUCUGCUGAUCACCAUCAUUCUGCUGGUCAAAUGUUACAGAGCUCGAGAUCACACUGAUGAAGACAGACUUGAGAAUGCAGUCAUAGAGGAGUGAACAAAGUUCAUCUAUAAAAAGACGAUGCAUUUACUGUAGGAUCAUCAUUUUAUUAUUGCUUUUUUUUAGGGCUUUGUGUGGAUUUAAAAAAAUACAGAUUUUUAUUAUUAAUAUCAUGCGGUUAUUCGCUAUGCAUCUUAUAAACAACCUCGUUGUUCUGACUGGAUUUGUUAACCUAAAGCCUGCAGCCUCUUCAUGAUGUGAACAUUCCUUUGUGUGUAGUCUGUAAUAAAGCCUUCAGGCUGCUACUGCAAAACAGA